GGGAUUCUCUCUCUCUUCUUAUCUCUUUUCUCCCUUUCUCUCUUGCUGUUUAUCCCUCGCAUUCUCCGGGGUCUUUGGCAGGUGAACAGAUGAAUGCUUGAGUCUUCUAUUUUUUAAAGGACUCUUUCGGAUACUGUAGAAUUGAACCCAUUGUGCUCUCUGGUACUCUCUUGCUACCUGUGGAGGCUCCUGGUUCUUCCCCAGUCUGCCAAACACGUGCAGCCCCAGUCCCAGGCACCAUGCUGGGCUUGGAUGUGUGUGAGUUUGGGGGUCAGGUUCUGGAGCUUCUCUGGCUUACCAUGUGCUACAGAGGUCUGAUGGCUGACAAGGAGGAGAAGCCUGUUGGGGAAGAGGAAGACGAGACGGACCUCAACUACACGCCGCCUGCCCAGAAGACCCUGCAUGAGAUCCAGGAACUGGACAAGGAUGAUGAGAGCCUCAACAAAUACAAACAAACCCUGCUGGGGGCUGGGCCUGUGGUGGCUGACCCCACCAUUCCUAAUGUCCAGGUGACCAGACUCACCCUCAUGUGCGAUCAAGCCCCGGGACCAAUCACUAUGGACCUAGCUGGUGACCUGGAGGCCCUUAAGAAGCAGACCUUCACUUUGAAGGAGGGAGUGGACUACAGGGUCAAGAUCCAUUUCAAGGUCAACAGAGACAUUGUGGCUGGCCUGAAGUAUAUCCAUCUGACCUAUAGGAAAGGACUGAGAGUGGACAAGGCAGUCUACAUGGUUGGCAGCUACGGGCCGCGGGUGGAGGAGCAUGAGUUCAUGACCCCUGUGGAGGAGGCACCCAAGGGUAUGAUGGUCCGGGGGAGCUACCACAUCAAGUCCUGCUUCACGGAUGAUGACAAGACAGACCAUCUGUCCUGGGAGUGGAAUCUGGCCAUCAAGAAGGAGUGGAAUGAGUAACGGGAGAAGAGGUUGUUCUCCUGCUCCAACUCUCCUCCUCCCCCCAUCCCUCUCUCCAUUCUCCAUCCUCUAUCUUCUCUUUAUUCAGCUCUUCUGUACCCCUAUCCCUGGCCUCUCCUCGUUCCCGUUUUUCUCUUCUCUGUCUUUCAGAGAUCAUCUCUCCCGCCGCCCUUACAGACUGUACAGCAACAGACAGAGAGAGGGAUGACCAGUGUUGAAACAGAAAGUUGGUUAGUCAAGGUAGUCUGAGAGAAAGAUCUGUAAACGUGUUGUCCCCACGAAGAGAGACAGGAUUUAAGUGGGUUUUGUGCAUACAUUAUGAAUGAUGAGUAAACCUAUACCGAUCACAGGUCAUAUGCCAGACUGUGUUCUUUGCACCUGUAUUCUCAGGCCAGUCCCUGUUUUCGAGUAGACUAUAACCUCCACUGUGUGUACUAGUUACUACCCUGAGUGUAUUCUUAGAGUGCAACAUCCUUCAGUCUCUUUGAGGUCCUCUGUGCUCUGUUGCUGUUAUUAAUUAUACUUGGUGUCAAAUAAAAGAUUUAAAGGCUGCAUGGAGGAGAUAUUAUGUGGAGGAAGAUUGGAGUUUGAGUCACUUGUUUUUUAACUUGCUCUCAAUCAAUUUGCUUUACUGCUGGUGCUUUAUUGUCAAUCUGCUUGAUCUUGCCAUCCCUUUGCCUUCAUUCACAGUAUUGUGUAAGUUGCUUCUUAAAAGAUAAGCAAAUGACAAUGCUUCAUCCAGCAGAACAGUUUUUGUACACAUCCUCAAAUUAAAACUUGUACGAAUAGUCAGGGAAAGGAAACUGCUUUGUCGAAAUGUGUUCAGAAACAUUUGUGAAUGGGAUGUGUAGAAUGAGACGCAUGCUCUAUCGUAUUUGAUUUUGUAAGGUAUGUGAAAAUGAAAAAACAUUCUGUGAUUAUGGCUCUGUCUUGACAAAAUAAAUAAAUAAUAAUUAUAUUGAACUUUGUGGGGUGGUGUAUCACAAGUGAAUAAUAGUGUAACAUGCGUAAAAACAAGAAAGAAUAAGAAAUUCAAUUGAUUUAAUUCCCCCCCCAAGUCAAAAUGUUCUAUACCAUGGUGUAAAAUUUGGAUAUAAUCUUAUCUUUGAUGCAGACCAUUUUCUUGAUUUCCCAUCUAAUCAAAAUGGCUGUUAAAUAUAAAUAAUUGUACUAUUGGCUUGUUGAAUGUUGCAUGUUAUCUGAUUCUCUCCUUUUUUACUAUUAUACUGUAAAAUACUUACUGUGAUUUUGAGAGGAAAUAGCAAACAUGUCCAUUUAGAUGGUUGCCAGAAAACUAAAAAUAUUUACAGGGAUUUUUUAAAGGCAUUGUCAAAUUAAACAGCUUAGUGAGUGUAUCUGUGUUGGAGGUUAGAUGCAGCACAUGAUGUGGCCUCUGCUGCAUCCUCCAAACAUCUGUGUCCAAUCUGUUCAAGCAUCCUGUAUCUUUUAAUAAAGAUGGUUUAAGCAGCCA